GUGCAGGGCCCCAACCUAGUGCGCUGGCCAUCUAGUGCAUAAUGGCUAGGACGAAGCGAAAAAAUGCCGGAAAGCAAUUGUUAGCUGGAUCAUCAAGAAACCCGUCAAAGUUCAAUACGAAUGCGAACUUGAAUCCUCACCCGACUGAUCGUAUCGGAUUUCUGGAGAGGAUAGUUUUGGAGGCGCCUUUGGAAUUGGUGUUUGAAUUUUUUUGCUACUUACAUCCGCUCGACCUCCUCCAUCUGGCACGAACGAGCAAAAACCUGCGAAACUUCCUCAUGUCCCGCUCGCUCAGUGAAAGAAUCUGGCGCACCGCUCGCAGCGAAAGACAAUUCUUUCCCGAUCUUCCACCUAUUCCUCCGGGCUUCAGUGAACCACAGUUCGCGGCCUUGCUUUUUGAGUCAGAUUUUUGUCACGGUUGUGGUCAACAUUCGACCCGGAGUGCAAACGUAAUCUGGGAUUGUAAGGUGUCGUGCCAUGAGGACUGCGUGGGCAAGGUUUUUUCCGACUUGGACGACAUCUUGAGAAAGCAACCCAAACUCGACCAGGAAACGAGGACAGCAAUUGAAUCCUUCACACCUCAUCAGAUCUAUCGCAAUUCGAAGGUAUAUAUUCCAUCAAUGGUGGAGCAAACUCGCCGCGAGUACAUGGAGGCGAAGGAUGAUCCCGUGCAAUUAGCACAAUGGCAAGCGAAACAAAUCCAGAUUCCUGACCUUAUUGAGUGUUGUAAUUGGCAGGAGACCUUAAAAAUGAAUAGAAUACAACUUAUCAAUGACAAAUUAAGGAGUCGAGGGUGGGACGACAUACAGAAGCACGAACUCGGUGCCUCUCUACUACCGUCCUUUUACAACGAGGCUCACCCGUUCACUGAGGAAGAUUGGAACAAGAUGGGGCUGGCAUUCGCGCAGUUCUGUAAAAGAAGGAAAGCCAUACGUUUCAAACAACUCAGAAUAUCCAGGUUUGCCCAGCGCUUCAACGACGUAUCCUACAGCUACAAAACUUUUCAAGAAGCCCGCUGCCAAGAAGGUCGCGCUUUUAUGCCGCUUGGCGACCUUAUGACUCCUUUCCAAAUAGAUCGCCCUUACCUAGAGUCUCUCUUGGAUCUCGAGGAAUUGACGCGGCAAUGGAUCAGUCGAAAAGAUGACCAGUUGAAAACGUAUCUCAGCUGGUACAACAGAGAAUACGGCACGACAUACUCCGACCCCAAGACGGUGGUUUUUAGGUGCAACCAAUGCAAUGCAGUAGUGUGGGGAGUUCGAAUAUACGUACACGGAUGCACCACCCAUGCCCGCUACCCGAAGGACCCCGGACACGUGCCUAUGUACUGGAAGUAUUCCAAGCUUCACAACCCUUUCGGGUGGGAGCCUUUGACAUGGAGCCUGGUGUGUUAUGAAGUUCACCCAUCGGCGACGGAGUACGCGAAGCAGAUUAUAGAUCUAUGUGGGGUGAAAAACUUGGAAACCUUGGAGGAGAUGCGUCCUUUAUUGGAAUGCAAGGCAUGCCAUGCUCCUCACAACGCCUUCUAUCCAUGGACACGCGCCUUUACACACGAAGACUCUUCGGAGGCUGGGACGUAUAUGCAUGACCUUCGUAUUGCCACUGACGUCGACGUUGAGACCAGGAGAGCUUUGGAGAAGGACGAAGUACAAGAGGCCUUUCUAAAGCUCAAGAGGAUUGAUGGUUCCUUACAUAAGCGAUACGUCGUCUGCAAACUGUGCAAGGCGGAUCACAAGAACACGAUGGGUUGCAGCGACUGGAAAGGGCCCUUGCUAAACCAUAUGGAAGAAGUACAUCAAAUUUCGAGUGCAGAUAUCCGUUAUGGGGUGCAUUUUUCGUGGAAUAUCACUGCUGUAUUUUUCGACUGCCGCCCGAGUCGGAAGUGCAGUAAACCGUGGAGGCCCAGGGGGUCCGAUCAUACCGAUAAACCGAUAAGUAGGAUUAGUCGAGCUUUGUUCAAUUUUCUGGACUUGUUAUUAUCUUAAUCUUGUAUCAUCGUGCUCUACUGGGUAAUACAUAAUAUGAUUUACGUCG